AAAAUGUUCAUGUCAGAAGUGGGAUUCGAACCCACGCCUCCAGAGGAGACUGCGACCUGAACGCCAGCUGCCGAAGGAUCGGCCGGGGAAAUGUUGGAAAUGUUGGAGAAAUGUUGGACGCGAGAGCCAAUCACGUUGACGGGCUCCAACAUUCGUCAGCCAAUCGGCGUCGCGAAUUCUUCCCGCAGCUCCAACAUUUCCAACAUUUGACCAAUCACGGCACAGAAAUGUUGGAGCAGAAAGGUACGUUUUUUCUAAGGGGGGCGUUCACGAAAGUAGCUAGCCGGCAAAGUUCUUCGGAAAGUCAUUCAUACGUUAGGAACACUUUGCACUGAUUUAUCGACAUGGUGAGUAUAUUUACACAUUUAUUACAGUGCCAUAUGAUAAAAAUCUAAGUGUCAAAAUAAUUUACUGUUGUGUCAUGUUGUCAUGUUUAUUUAUUAGGCUAUUUACGUUACAAACGCGCUCCGUUAUAUGGUUUGAAUUUCGUACGUACUGUACUUGUCAGCCGACGAAUGCUAAUAUUAUCUAUUAAGUCAUGUCAAAGUUUUAUUAAAACGUAACAGAGUUAUCUUAAGUGGGUUUUUGGCGGGUUAUCUGUGAAAACAGUGAAUGGUGAGUAUUUACACGUUUACAGUAUUUACAGUGCUGUUUGACGUAACAUGCAAGUGAAGUGAAUGUCGUUGUGUCAUGCAGCCAUUUUGAUUCACUUUGGAAUCUACAAUGACAAAAUUUUCAGUUUUCACCUGCAAAGUACUUUCAUGCCACCACUGGGAUUUUAUAGGGUUAUUACAAUAUUAAAAGGCCAAUGAACCUGCCCUCAUUGUCAUGCACUCAUGUUGUUUUCAUGCAUUUUAAAAAUGUUCAUGCUUUUAUGUCACCAAAGGCAAAAUCCCACAAAGUGAUGACAGAUUCAGAGUGGAUGUCACGCCUGAGGAAGUUUGCCAGCACUGGGGCCUGGCCUGCCAGCCAGGGAAACAGGCCAGCUCCCAGGCAGAAGAAGUGGCAUGACCUGUAUCAAAAGAUUGAGAAGUGUCCAAGGAUGUCACAUGGACAGAGAUCUUUGUUCGGUGGUGUGAGGACAUGCACGUGUGGAUUCCACACUCAGAAGCCAGCUGCAGCAAAUGUUGCACAGGGAUCGGCAGGGCAACAGACGGCGGGUCCAGUUCUCCAUGGUGCCGUGGAGCAACAAAGUUCAGCAGGCGGCGAGCAACAGCCAGCUGCAGCGAAUGUUGCCCAGGGAUCCACGGGGCAACAGACAGCAACAGCGAGUCCUGUUCUCCAUGGCGCCAUGGAGCAACAAGGUUCAGCAGCCGGUGUGGUUCAUAGGAAGCGACCAACACUGAAUUUGGCAAUGUUUAACAAGCCAAGAUUUGGUGGUGUGCAUGUCGCGGCAGCGAAGCCAAACCUCGGUGCUGCCAGAAAAGUAACAAAGACCCAAGUCACCGAUCCCACCGAGCCAACCACCAGUUCUCCAGCCAGCAUUGUUGUCCCAGCUCCAGUCCCUGAGACAGUUCGAGCUUCAGUGUCUGUCCAGAAUCCCACUGCAGUGUGUGCCUCUGUGCCUACUGCUGACUCCAGCACGGAAGCACUUUCAACACCUCAGCUGCCCCGUUUGUGGUCAGAAGGCUUGCCACCUGAAGACCACAAAUGGAUUCUGAAGAUGCUCUUCAAGAUGGGGCCCAGGGGAAAACUGGAGCUUCAAGACCACCUGAAGCUCUGGUACUUCCCACCUCAGCCAAGCGGUGUCUACAACCAGGCUCCUGCUCCAGACCGCUUUUUUGCCCACCCACUUCUUGUGUGGAUGCCAUACAAGUUGUGGAAGGUGAAGGUGGUCUGUCCGAACUCUGACUGUGGGCAGCACCAGCUCACAGGAGCUGGGCUGCACAAGAGGGCACGGCGGGUCCUGGAUGUAGACAGGAUCUACAAUGUGGUGACAGAGACUCUGACCUGCACCAAAUGUAGAUCCUCCCACGUGUCCUGGAGUCAGACUGUGCUCACCCAGCUGGACUUGGCACACAGGUCGGAGUUUCGGGUCAUCCUCACUCAAAAGUUCGCGUGUGACAUCCGGGUGAUCCGGCUUCUGCGAGAGAGGGGCCUGGGUAACAGCCCAACACGGGUUUUGAAGCAGCUGAGGGAGAACCACACAGAAGAGUGGCUGCAUCGCGUGGCAAGAUACACCACUGAGUGUUUGGACUUCCUCCAGCGCCCCGGACUGCUGCCCAUGGUCUUCCCUGAACCUCCAGAGCCUGCUGUGGUGCCGAGCUGUAAGUGGCUCCUCUCAGUCUACAGCCAGGACAUCCUGACGAGGCUGGAGGAAAUCAAGGCCCGCAUCACCUCCACCUAUGGGACCAUUUUAAAAAUGGACUCCACCAAAAAGAUCACCAAGAAGCUUGCCGGGACUGCCAAGGGGACAGCACUCUGGCUCACCUCGGUUGGCAAUGAGUAUGGCCAGAUACUCAUGAGUGUGCUGACCGCUCAGGAGGGAGCUGGCCUGGACAUGAUGGCAGCAGACCUUGUGAAAAGGUACCAGCGGGCUGGUGUGGAUCCCCCUGUUGCCCUGUAUGUAGACUGUGGCUGCUGUGCUGAGACAGGAAAGACCAAGCUGAGUGCCAGAUUCAGCGGGUGGCCAGACCUUACAAUAAGGCUGGAUAUCUGGCAUUUUAUGCGGCGAAUCGCCCUGGGAUGCACAACUGAUGCUCAUCAGUUGUAUCCCAUCUUUAUGUCGCGCCUAUCGGCUUGCAUAUUUGAGUGGGAUGCAGCUGAUUUAGCUCUGUUGUGCGAGGCUAAAAAACAACAGCUUCAGUCCCAGGGCUUGUCUCUCCCUGCUGAUGGCGACAUCCGCAAAUACCUUUCGAGGGAGGAGCUGGCUCUCCACUGCCGGAGGAGGACCCGUGGCGAGGAGACCACUGUUCAGCUGCUGGAGGAGCUGCUCCGGCUGUUCAUGGGAAGCAGUGGCAACGACUCCCUUGGAGUUCCCCUGUUCGACAGUGAGAGGAUGGAGCACAUCUGGAGGGUCCAGAACAAGCAUGUUAAGUGCAUCCAGGACCUUCCAGGUGUUGCCCUCUACACCAAGACAGGGGAGCUCACAAAGGGAGGAGUGCACCUUCCCAUCUACAGAUGUGCCAGAGGCUCGACAUCAUUGGAGUCUUUUCACCUCCACUUAAACCGCUUCAUACCAGGGACCAGUGCCAACAGUGUGAACUUCCAGAUUUACCUGUUGGAAGGACUGCACAGGUGGAACCAGGACCGUGGUGCUGCAGCCCUAUCCUCUGGACCAUCUCCCCUACGCAGCUAUUCUGGUGACCUGCUUCACUGCGUGAACAAAAAUUACCAGAAGCUGUUUGGCAGGAAGGUGGCACCACAGUUCUGCCCACCCUCCCGUUACACUGGAGAGCUCAUCGGGGUGCAGUAUCUGUUCCGGCAGACUGGUCAGGCCCUGCAGGAUAUGCACCCUGAUUCAGAGGAGACAGCUCAGCUCAUCGAGCAGCAUGAUGUGGAGGACCAAAUAGAAGAAGAUGAGGGAUUCUCUGAUGUCUCAGAGGAUCCCACUGUGCUGGAGGUUUCUCAUGCUCAAGCCUCUCCAACUCAAGGUCCCUCCACUGUCCCAUCUGGUUUGGCCUCCAGCGUCUCCUCCACAGCUCCCGGUCCAUCCACCCUGGCUCCCGGUCCAUCCACCCUGGCUCCCGGUCCUUCAUCCACCCUGGCUCCCGGUCCUUCAUCCACCCUGGCUCCCGGUCCUUCAUCCACCCUGGCUCCGGGUCCAUCCACCCUGGCUCACGGUCCAUCCACCCUGGCUCCCUCUUCUUCAUUUUCUGUAGCUGGAGUUGAUAUUCAAGCUGAAGAUGAAGAUAUGGCUGUUGAUGAACAGAAUAUCCCUGGCUACCAGCACGUGGACAGCCUUGCAGAGUACUUGGUGGAGCUUCGGCAUAUGACCUCCCUGUGUCUCAGCAUUCAGCGGGUGGCCAGACCUUACAAUAAGGCUGGAUAUCUGGCAUUUUAUGCGGCGAAUCGCCCUGGGAUGCACAACUGA